UACUCUAUGGUUAGUUCGAUGACCCCCAGUUCAGCUUAUAUAAAAAUAUUGCUGAUGUUUACAAACACGGCGGCACAAUUUUCAUUGUUACACGGUAAAUGUUCUACAAUUAAAUCAGGAUGUCUGGACAGAUAGAGAAAAUAGUGCAAGUUUACAAAACAUUAGCUAAAAUACCCUCAAUAGUUAGCGGAAGGUUAAAUAAAAGCGGUACGAGAAUAUCUUCUAAAUGGUCAGUCAGAAACCUUGAUAAAGGCAAGAAUAGCCAGUAUAUUGUAGAUUAUGCCCUCAACGGUGAACUAAAUGUGAUUGCAGAGAGCGAGUUUGGAAUAGAUGUUAGUAACGAGUUACUGUCAUCUGUGUCACCCAACGAUACUUACAAAGCUGUGAUCAGAGAAGAGAAGAAUGGCAAAGACAAUAAGAAAUGUUACCUCGAAGUGUGGUCGAAGAGCUACCUCGCCCAUACCAUUGAUUUGACCGCACUUGAUGUCCAUGGAGAUGUCUAUGCUGAUGGUGAGUUUGGCAGUCUGGAUUGGUCACCAGAUGAAAAGAGUUUGAUAUACAUUGCUGAGCAGAAACCAAAGAAAUCGGAGCCGUAUAUUAAAAGGAAAGCAGCGGACAGUGAUAAGAAUGAAGGAAGCGGAGAUAAAAAAGUAACACCUGGUGAAGAGUACAUUUACAAACCAGACUGGGGUGAACAACUUGUUGGCAAGAAACAGUCUGUCAUUGUUAAGUGUGACCUGGAUAAUGAAGCUAUCACAAUAUUGCAAGGGGUGCCAGAAGAUUUAUGCCCUGGACAGGUUCGGUUCGCGCCUGAUGGUAAAGGCAUAGUAGGUGUCGCGUGGAAGACAGACGACCCUAGGCGCUUGGGUCUCAUAUACUGUACGAAUCGUGAGAGCCAAAUAUUCUGGCUGUCUUUUGAUGGCCUCUAUAGAAGGCUAAGCAAACCGUCAGGUGUGUCAGUACUGUCUCCCCGUUUCACCCCAAACGGGGGCUUGCUGUGGCUGCAGCGGGGCUCCGGGGGCCCCCACGACGCUUGCCACCAGCUGGUCAAGCUGGAUAGGGCUACGAUUGAAGACAUAUUAAAAGCGGAGCAAUCGGAGAGCAAAGAAACGAUCCUUAUAGACAUAGUACAGACCAGUACUAAGAUAUCGAAUGGGGAUUUCUUCGGCGUGUACACGCACAACUUGCCGGCCAAGUGUGUGUCGGCGGAUGGGAAGAGGGUCGUGUUCAAUACUGUGAAGCAGGUGGAGGUUAAUAGCUAUGUUUUGGACAUGGAAAGCGGCGCAAUAACUAACAUAUCGCCUCAGCGAGCUGGCUCGUGCUCCGUGCUCAGUGUACGCUCUGAUGUCGUGUUGGCUACCUUCUCGAAUAUCACCACUCCGGGUCAGUUAUACGUAGCGAAGUUACCCAGCCCGGGAUCAGAGCACGCAAUACAGUGGAAGCCGGUGGGUACGCCGACCGCUGUGCCGGAGGGGUUGGGCAAAGCCGAAGUGAAGUAUAUGUAUCUGGAACAUGAGGACAGUGAUGAUGCCGUCAAGUCAUUCACGGCCAUAUACGUCAGUGGGGCAACAGAGCGGUGUCCAUUGAUAGUAUGGCCGCACGGCGGGCCGCAUUCCGCUUUCGUGAACGCGUUUGCGCUGGAAACGGCUAUGUUUCAUCUGCUGGGAUUCUCUACGCUUCGCCUUAACUUCCGAGGGUCAACAGGCAAUGGAGAUGCUAAUGUGAGAUGUCUCAUCAAACACAUUGGGGUCUACGAUGUGCAGGAUUGUCUCUUGUCCUUAAAAGAAUUGAAAGAGACAGUACCCAUGAAAGAAUUGAAAGAUAAAGUGUUAUAUGGGGGGAGUUAUGGCGGGUUCCUUUGUGCCCAUUUGGCUGGACAGUAUCCGGACAUGUUUAGGGCUAUGGUGUUGAGGAAUCCCUUGAUCGAUUUGGCGACUAAGGUUAACUAUGCUGAUAACCCGGAUGGGUGUUACGUAGAGGCCGGUCUAGACUUCAAUGAGUCCGGACCUGUAACAGAAGAUGCUCUGUUGUCUAUGCGCCGCUGCUCGCCAAUAGUGCACGUCCACAAAGUGAAAACACCAACCGCACUAAUGCUGGGCUCGGCGGACAAGCGUGUGCCGGCGUACCAGGGCCUAGAAUAUGCGAAACGGUUGCACGCCAAUGGCGUUGUGCAUAAAGUCUUCAUGUAUGAUGACAACCACGCUCUGCGAACGCAAUCUGCUGAAAUGGACAACCUGAUAAAUGGAGCAGAGUGGUUCCUUACACAUUUGAAAAAUUAAAAAAUAAGUUUUUUUUUUUUGCAUUUUUUUAUAGAAUUUUUCAUGUUUUUUUUUUGUUUUUUUUCUUAUCUUGUUUUCCAUUGUUGAUUUUUUCAUAUCAUAAUUUUAGGCAACUGGUAACUUUUAUAGUGUGAGAAAGUGUAGAAAAAUAACACACGAGUGGUAUUUCGUUAUAACUUGGAGUAAAUAGUUAAUAUUCAAAUACAAAGUUCAAUUAAAUUCAAAACACCAAGUUUUAAAUUUACACUGUUUUGAUUUUUUAAAUUACUUCUUCAAUUUUCUUAAUCACAUUUGGCGUUAUUUGUAUAAAUCAUAUUUCAUUAAAAAUACUGCCAUGAUACAAGGGCGAUUAUAUUUUUUAAAAUAAUAAUACCUACUUUAUAUAUUUGUAACAAUUGUACUGAUGAACUUGAUAUUGUGUAAGUUCUUAGGCGAUAAGAAUAUAACAUCUAGUUUGUAUUUUAAACAGUUAUUUUUAAUAAAUUUAGAAAAAAAAAAA